UACAAGGAAGAACUCCGUAUCCAGAACGAGUUUUGUAAGCAGGGCGUAAAAUUAUAAAACUGUUUUACAAGUUUCGAUAUCAAGAAAAUGGACGGCGUAACAUAAGAUCUAUGUGCUGUUACGUUUUCUUUGCUAUUUGCUCAUUGUGCUUCUUGGAAAUUUUGAGUAAAGUAUGUUUUUCCUUCAAGCAUUUGUUUUAGCGUAGGGCCUUGUUGUUAGCCUGUUGAGUUGGUGGCCUAUUUUGUUUGAAAACAAGCAUGAGUUCGAAAAUUCCGGGUGUCUCUAAUGACCUAAUCGAUUUAUCAGAUAAUAUUCCUAGUGACAAGGUAUUUUUGUCAGUGUCAAAUGAUGAGGAUGAGAGCUCAAACUUACAAUCGUACGUUACUGUUAUGUCAGCAUCCAAUUUCGAUGACUUUAUCGUCGAGGAUCAAAAGCACCUAAGUCUUGCAGACUAUGUACGCAAACCAAGAACAUAUUCGAGAGAGAAAACGCCAAGUAUUGAUGAUAACCCGCCACCGUUACCACCAAAACGUAGAAGUCAAAGUAGGAAAAACCAAAAACUUACAAGUCGCUUGCUCAGUGCAGGGAUAGAUAUUAACAGCAGCAGUAAUUCACCUGGUACUUCAAGCCCAUCUUCCUCCUUUGAUGAACCAGAUUUUUCAGGUUUCAACAGGAAUUUAGAAGGCAGGUCACUGUCAGCUCAGCAGUUUGAUUAUGAUAAGAGUUUCUCAAUUACUCCAGUAUCAAUUAAUCCUAAUAAUGCUGAUGCUUUUUAUAAUAUGCAGCAGACUGAUACAACCACAUCUGUAAAUAGAAUGGUAGAUACCAAACUUAAAAAUGCAGCAUUCAAUAACUUAAAACCAAUGAGCUAUUUGGAUCCGGCAAGUGUCAGCCUUCUUCAGGACAAUCUAGUGGAAUUGGAGCAAUCUUUAAAGGGUUUAGGAAGGUCUCAAUCUCAGGAAAUUCUAAGCAAUCAAACCUCUGAUUGGUCCACUUGCUUGGGAGAUACAUCAACUGCUAACAAAAAGCCACUUAAUUCAUUAUCAGUAGACGAUCUAAAUACAUUUAUCAACAAUUUUACACAAACACCAUUUUCUGAAAUUGAGCCAUUUAUUAGCAGCCCUUUUGCACAAAAAGAUGGUUUUUCUGAGGUAACAGCAACAAAAAUUGUCAGAACCUCCUCAACACUGCCACCACCAAGACCAGACCCACCCAAAGUUUUCAAUCGUCUUUCAUUACCAUCUUCUAUAAGUGCCAGCAAUGAAAAGGAUGCAAAACUUUACUUUGGUGAUGGGAUAUUUGAUCUUGCUGAAGAACGAAAUGUAGAGGCAAUGGAGUUUUGUAAAAAGGUUGCAGGUAUUAGAAGAUUCUUUGCUUUUUCAAUGAUUGAAACAAAUCCAGGCUUUGUCUGUGACUCAGUAGUAAAUUUUGAUAAUAAUGGAUGGCGGAAGGAUAUAGACAUUGAAGUAUUCUAUGAAAGUUAUGCAGAUGCGAUAACAAUAGUGUGUGAUAUGUUUUCAAAUGUACAGGAUGCUGUUUUAAAGUCAUUGUUGGUUUUUCAGAAUAGCUACAAAGACAUUGACACCAUAUCAAAGAACAAGUAUAUUUUUAAAGUAUGCGGGCAAUCUUGUUAUUUAGAGGGAAAUGAGCCAAUCAUAAACUACAGUUAUGUACAAAAUUGUGUAAAACUUGGAGAAAAAGUAAGUGUUACAGUUAUUGCAAGGAGCAGAAUUAGAAGGGAUUUAUCAAGAACUAAAGAAGAUGACAAUCAAGAAGCAGCAGGCACAUAUUUCAAACACUUUUUCAAUGUCCAGCUAGCAACAGCAAUUUCAAGGCAAGGUUUGUCAGUAUUGAUUGAGACAUAUAAUCUUGAAGUUGAGAAAUUAGUAUCAAAUGUUACCAAAUCAACCCAAGCUACAUAUAUACCAGAAAAGCUAAUACAAAUUGUCAAGGCUUUGUCUUUGUCACUUGCUUGCAUUGAGUCUACACAGUUACAUGAAGCCAUCAAUUUAUUGCUAUCCUUGAAGUCCAAAAACAUUCAACCAAUUGUUUCUAGCACUGUGGAGGCUGGAGUUAUAGAUUUCAAUAGAAUCAUAAGCUCAGAGACAUUUGACAGAGGACGCUUUGACAUUGCACUUGAAAAGCUUACUUCUGCAGUUUACUCAUUAGUUGAUUCUUACUGUAGGGCAUUUGAUACUGAUUUUGCUGUUCAUGAUCCCAAGGAUGUUAAAGCAAAUCUACUUGGUAAAAGUAUUCCACCUUGUGAGAGGGUCAGUGCUGAAUCAAUAACCGAUAAAUUUUCAAUAAAAAUUUCAUCUGCACACAGAGUACCAACUGAAUGGAAAUUAAAGUAUGACAGCUAUGAAAUUGAAUGUGGUCUAUUUUAUGGAGGUAGAUCUAUAUGUGACCCAGUUGUCACAAAAGCUAGAAAAAUGACAAAAGGGUUCUAUGAACAUAUUAAGUGGGAUGAGGUGCUUUCUUUUGAUUUGCCAGUCAAAGAAAUUCCAUGCGAGACAAAAAUUUGCUUGAGAUUGUUUGGCCUUACAUCAGCAAAAAAGCAAACAAGAGAUCCAAAGAACAGCUCUGAAUUAGGUUGGAUCAGUUGUAAUGUGUUUGACUUUAGAGGACUUCUAAUUACAGGCAGUCAAAUUUUUGGGUUGCUUUCAGGGACAGAAAUGAAUCCUGCAGCAAUUUGCUCAUCAAGUAACAUACAGGAGCCAACAAGUGUCAUUUUGAGAACAGAUUUUGAAGUCUACCAUUCAGAGAUUGUCUUUCCAGAGGCCCUUGUGCAGACUAACCAUUUGAUUGACUGCCAGGAAGCUUCUUCAGAGGUACCUCCAGAGAUUUAUCAGAUUCUUAAUAAAUCAUCUUUGACUGAUCUUUCCAUAGAGCAGAAAGAGUUGCUUUGGAAAAACAGAUUCAGCCUGAAAGAUACAGAUAAAGCUUUCCCAUAUGUUUUGGCCUCUGUACCCAAUUUAAAACCUGAAACACUGAAGGAUGCUCAGGAUCUAGCACAUAUUUGGCAAGCCCUAUCACCAAACAUAGCCUUGGGGUUGCUGACAGCCAGUUUUCCUGACACUGGUGUAAGGACUUGUGCUGUAAACUGGCUCAGUGUUAUCAAUGAAAGUGAGUUAUGUGAUUAUCUUCCACAACUUGUACAAGCCCUGAAAUAUGAAUCAUAUCACACAUCAGCAUUGUCAACAUUCCUCAUCACAUCUGCUAUUAAAAGCCCUAAGGUAGCUCACUUUUUGUUCUGGCAUCUUAAAUACUACACAGCAGAUGCUCAGUUUUCCCAGAGGUUUCAGAUCAUACUUGGAGGACUGUUAAGUGUUUGUGGUGCAGCAAUGAAGGACCAGCUUUCAAGGCAAGAUCUUAUGGUUCAGCAAUUGGCAAAAACAACCUUGAAGCUGAAAGAAACAAAGGACAGUUUGCGGAGAAAUAUUUUAUCACAAGAUCUGGAUUUUGUAGCUGUGGACAUAGAUUCUGGUUUGCGUUUACCAUUUAGUCCAUCCGUAGAAGUGAGAGGUGUUAUUCCAGAAAGCUGCUCUUAUUUCAACUCAUUCACUGUGCCAUUAGCCAUUGUCUUUGAGAAUGCAGAUAGCAGAGGCAGCACUGUGAAAAGCAUGUUUAAAGUGGGAGAUGAUUUGCGCAAGGACCUUGUCACAUUGCAGCUUUUUCGUGUUAUGAAUAGGUUAUGGCUUUUAGAGUCAUUGGACUUAAAGAUGAUUACUUAUGAAUGUAUGCCAACUGCACCAGAAGCUGGAAUGCUUCAGCUUGUUCCUAAUGCUGCCACCCUUAGAGAAAUUCAUGUUCAGCAUGGUGUUACGGGUUCAUUUAAAGACGAAGUCAUUGGUCUUUGGCUGCAGAAAUACAAUCAAUCGGAAGGUGAAUACCAGACAGCUGUUGAAAACUUUUCUGCUUCCUGUGCUGCUUACUGUGUGGCGACAUAUGUUCUAGGUAUCGGAGAUCGUCACAAUGACAACAUCAUGGUUACACAGAAAGGCCAUCUAUUUCAUAUUGACUUCAGUAAAUUCAUGGGAAAUGUGCAAAAGUUUGGCACAAUUCGUCGUGAUCGAGUGCCAUUUGUGCUGACACCAGACAUGGCAUAUGUCAUCAACUUUGGUGACGAAAUGUCUCAUAAUUUUCAGCAUUUUGUUGAACUAUGUUGUGAUGCAUUUAACAUUCUUCGCAAAAAUUCGGAUUUAAUCCUCAAUCUUCUCGGGUUGAUGGUUUCUUCAGGCAUUCCUUACUUGUCAAGUCCAAGUGACAUUGAAUAUGUUCGACAUUCUUUGCAGCUUGAUCUUACGGACGCACAAGCAAUGGUUUUCUUUACAAGGCUGAUAGAAACAAGUUUGAGCUCGAAAUCAACUCAGUUGAACUUUUUUAUUCACAAUAUGGCCCACAUGAAAGAUUCACAGAACACGUCUGGUCGUGCCAUCUUCUCUUUCUCCAGUAAAGUUUACAGCAAAGAGUCUGAUGGAGAGAUCGUAUCAGUCAGAUGCGUGGACAUUCAAAAGCGUUAUGUACCGGACAAACACUAUAUUUUCGUGCUUAAUAUUCUGAGAAAUGAUAAUAAAGGCCCGCGAUUCGUUUUUCGAAAGUAUGAUGAGUUCCAAGAACUGCAUACGAAGCUUGCACAGGUUUUCGGGACAUCAAAUAUCCCAUCUUUACCUGGGAAAGUCUUAGUUGGCAGAAGUGAAAUCAGGGACAUUGCUGUCAGACGAAGAUUUGAGCUGGACGAAUUUCUUGUCCAAGUAAUGGGUCGAAGUGUGUUGAGCAAUUCAGAGAUUCUCUACACAUUUCUUCACAGUUUCAUUCGCGAUGAACAGGAUUCUUUCAAAUUCGCUGACAUCUUAAUCAAGCUCGAAGAGGGUCUUCCAAGGAGCCGUGUUGGUGGCGAGAUUAAGUUAUCUUACCAAUAUAGCAAAGAAAGAUUGAAUCUUCUUGUUAUGUAUGCAAGAAACCUGAUUCCUCGAACAAUACAAGGCACUGCGGACCCUUAUGUAAAGAGCUACUUGUUGCCAGACCCAAACAAGUCGACGAAACGCAAGACCAGAGUUGCAAGGCGGAACCUUCAUCCAACAUAUAACCAGACUCUGUCUUAUGCUGGUUCAUUGCAAAUGUUGCAGCAAAGGGUACUUCAAGUCACCGUAUGGGAUAACGAUUCAUUUGGUGUCAACGAUUUUCUAGGCGGGGUCAACAUUUAUUUGGCGACUCAUGACUUAACUCAAGAAAGGACACAAUGGUAUGAACUUAAAGAUUUUGGAAUAGGUAUGUGAGCUUUUUUCGUGAAUAUGAAUUUUUAGCGAGUAGUGAACUGAGUCAAAAACUAGACCUGUAACUUUCAAUCUGAUGAAAAUAUCAAAUUAAGGCCAAUGAAUAAUAUCACGCAUCAAAUAAUUUUAGAUUCAUAAUUAUGAAAAAUUUGGUAUAAGAGAUAGUUGUUGAAAUAAUGAAUUAUUAGUAACCGUUCUCUGAUGUGUAUAUACCCAUUCCGUUUAGUUUUUUUGGUUCUAAGAAAUUGGUAAAUACUUCCUUAUCAUUGCGAUUCCUUUUAAGUGCUUUCGUUUCCCAUGUUACAACAUCACACUUCAAGUUGAAUAAGAAGUGGGAAGUGACUAGAAGUAAUAAGGGAUAUAAUUAGCUUCUUUGUUUCACCUUAUCAAAACUUAGUUUUAAACAUUUGCAUUUGUUUGUUUUUCAUUCAUGUCCCAGAUUUGGUCAAAAUAAAGUUAGCAAUUAAUUAGGCAAUGAUAAUUUGUAUAUCACAAUUAAUUUGAAAAUAUUUGUUUAUCAUCACAUUAACACUUCCAUUAUUGAAUGUACCGAAAUAUUAUAUAUCUGUUCUAUUCUAUUUUAUCCUCUUGCACACAGUUAGGUUUUUGUAAAAAUUCUGCACUUACAAUCUUUCAUUGUGGUAGGGUAGCAUUUGAACUUCUGGUCGUUUGUAUUUAUGUUUGAUCGUGGUGAAAACCCAUAUCUUUGUAAGAAAUUUAAAAAAGAAUUAUAAAAGGUGAAAAAUAUGUUUUGACAGUUAGAUCGUUCGUUUUAACAAAUUGAAGCUUUAUUACCUGUCACGUUCGGUACGUUUUGGUCAUGUGGUAACAAGGAAUUGCAACCUAAGGUAGAGAUUCACGCAGUUUUAUGAGACUGGGAUUUUCGGUAUCUCGCAUUCUCCAUAGUCUAGUCAUUAUUUCGCUAUUAUAUCUUUCUAGAAAAAUGUAAUUUUUCAUAAAUAAUAUUUCAUGCUCAAUAGUUCAUUGCUUUUUUGUUAUAUUUCAAAAGGAGGUUUUCCUUUUUGUUUUCGUUCUCCGUGAAUAAUUGUAUAAAGUACAGUUUAGCGUCAUAUGAUAUUCAGAACCCCUGCGUGGCAUAGAUUUUGUCCAAGAUUCGUUAGAUUCGUGUAUUUCGCAGCCAUAGUAUUUUUGUAGAUCUACAAUAACUAAUUUCUGUUUAUUUUUGAUAGAUUUGUCACAACUGCUUUUAAUUUUCAUUAUCCCUUCUGAAGUGUUAUUAUUAACCAAAUGCCAUGACACUCUAAUUGGAAAAUUUUGACAAAAUUUUCAAGACGAUUUUGCAAAACUAUCAUAGCCAUUUUUGAUUAAAUUUUACCCUUGAAACAUAGUUGUGUAAUAUAGUAUUAUAGAAGUUUAUUGAGAAACAUUCCUUGAUUUUUUUAAAUUAAUCUUGAUUAAGCCAAGCUUUUUAAUGCGCUUUUGUUACGUUUGCCAAGGACCAACAUUUUCUUUCUUUACAGAUAGAUUUAAAUGUUUUCUUUUAAAAACUUUUCAAGGCGCUUUUAAAAUUUCGUUCCAUGCAUUGUCGCUAUUCUUCGAAUAACAUUGUCUUUAGAUGCAAGUUUUUAACCACUGUAUAUGGAACUAAAUAUAGUUUUAUCAACGUUUGCAAAUAUUACAUGUAUUUUUAAAACUCAUUUGAAAAGAUUCAUUAUGUCCUAAAAUGUUCGCUGCUUUUAAAGUCAUUAUUACAUUUAUGUCAUAAGCGACCUCGCCCCUUUAUCUCUUCUAGGUUACAAACAACUAGAAACAACCCUUCGCCCCCCUCUCUGUCUCAGACAUCUAAUGCCUGCACUACUCAUGAUAAAAGAUGCUUCAGGGGCAAAAUAGUGUUGAUCGCAACGUGAUAAAUGAUCUUCCUGUUGGCUCUUAAAUUCAUAAGUUCUUCUUUGCGGUGGGUUGCCGUAUAUUUCUUGCAUGUGAGGGGUUUUUCUGAAUUAGCUCGUGGUUCGUGGUUUAGUACGUCAUUCGCAACCUUGUAGUUGGUAUUAGGUACUCUAACAUUAGAUUAACCUUAUAA